AUGAAUUUCUUUGGUGGGAUUAAAGCCCCAACAUCCACUGCCACGCGAUUAUGUAGUCGACGAUUGCUACACCAUCCCGAGCCGGGUCCGUCGAGGUUGUGCUGGCAAUUGGCACCCAAGAACAUCCGGCCGACCACGCACCUCCACCGCUCGUUUUACUCAUCCACAGUCUCCGGCUGUCAGUCUACUCAACCACUGCAUUAUCCAAGGUGGGUUAAUCCGAAGCAAGGACAUGGGUCGCGAGCGGUGAAGUCGGAUGAGGGGGGAGAUUCGGUGCACGCGCCACAAUCGCAGAGUGUGCGGUUAGACAGUAAACAGGACGAUCAAGCACCUCCUUCGGACUCUGCUCCCCCUGCUUCAUCGUCAUCGUCUGGAGAUGGGUCUGAUGAGUCGGACCACCCACCACCACCACCACCACCAUCACCAGAACCGCCAACGCCACCACAAACUUCCAUUUCGAAGCAGUCUGUUCCCGAUGUCUAUCCUCAGGUCCUUGCCCUGCCCAUUGCGCGUCGACCCCUCUUUCCCGGUUUUUAUAAGGCAGUGGUUAUUCGCAAUCCGGCCGUCGUUUCAGCCAUCAAGGAGAUGAUGCGACGCGGACAGCCGUACCUCGGCGCGUUCCUCCUUAAGGAUGAACAGACAGAUAGCGACAUCAUCACGGACAUCAACUCAGUACACCCAGUGGGCGUCUUCGCGCAGAUCACGAGUGUGUUCACCGCUGGCGGCAAGGAGGACGACAAGGAGGAGGGGCUUACCGCGGUGCUCUACCCUCACCGGCGAAUUAGGAUCACUGAGCUUGUCAAGGCUGGCAAGGCUAAGGUUGAGCCGUCUGAAGCAACCGAAGCAACCGGUGAAGAGUCUUUGCCAACGCCCCCUCCGGAGACCACAACACCACCACCGGUCCAGACGUCCUUUCUGCAUAACUAUAGUGUCUCCAUCGUCAAUGUCGAAAAUCUGGCCACGCAGCCGUACAACAAGGACGAUCAGUACAUCCAUGCAUUCAUGUCCGAGAUCGUGUCGGUAUUCAAGGACAUUGCGCAGUUGAACCCGCUGUUCCGCGACCAGAUCACCAAUUUUUCGAUUAAUCAGGUCCCAUCGAAUGUCUUUGAUGAGCCGGACAAGCUCGCAGACUUUGCGGCGGCUGUCUCGACUGGAGAUGUUAACGAGCUGCAAGACGUCCUCGAGGCUCUCAACGUCGAAGAUCGUCUGCGCAAGGCGCUACUCGUGCUGAAGAAGGAGCUCAUCAAUGCACAGCUCCAGAGCAAGCUCGCACGCGACGUGGAUAACAAGAUCGCGAAGCGCCAGCGCGAGUACUACCUGAUGGAGCAGCUGAAAGGCAUCAAGAAAGAGCUUGGCAUGGAGUCUGAUGGAAAAGACAAGGUGAUCGAGAAGUUCAAGGAGCGGGCCGCAUCGUUGAAGAUGCCGGAGACGGUGCGGAAGGUGUUUGACGAGGAGCUGAACAAGCUCCAGCACCUUGAGCCGUCUGCGUCCGAGGCGAACGUUACACGGAACUACCUGGAGUGGCUGACGCAGAUUCCUUGGGGCCAGCACUCGCCGGAGAACUAUUCGAUUACUCAUGCUCAGAAGGUGCUGGAUGAGGAUCAUUACGGCCUGAAGGACGUCAAGGACCGCAUCCUCGAGUUCAUAGCUGUGGGCAAACUUAGGGGUACAGUCGAGGGUAAGAUUAUUUGCCUCGUAGGUCCUCCUGGUGUCGGCAAGACAUCCAUCGGCAAGUCGAUUGCACGCGCUUUGCACAGGCAAUUCUUCCGGUUCUCAGUUGGUGGCUUGACGGAUGUUGCAGAGAUUAAAGGGCACAGACGCACUUACGUCGGGGCGCUCCCGGGCAAGAUCAUCCAGGCUCUGAAGAGGGUCGGCACUGAAAACCCCCUGGUUCUCAUUGACGAGGUGGACAAGAUCGGGCGAGGCAUCAAUGGCGAUCCUGCAAGCGCGCUGCUCGAAAUGCUGGAUCCUGAGCAGAACACUGCGUUCUUGGAUCAUUACAUGGAUGUCCCUGUCGACUUAUCUCGUGUUUUGUUCGUCUGCACAGCCAACAUCCUUGAUACUAUUCCUGCGCCCUUACUCGACCGGAUGGAAAUCCUGGAAGUCAGCGGUUACGUCUCAGAGGAGAAGGCUGUGAUCGCGGAGAAGUAUCUAUGUCCACAGGCGAAGGAGGCGUCAGGUCUGAAAGAUGCCGAUGUCCAACUGGAGCCUGCCGCCGUCGACGUGUUGAUUAAGUACUACUGCCGUGAGAGCGGAGUUCGCAACUUAAAGAAGCAUGUCGAGAAGAUCUACCGCAAGGCCGCAUUGAAACUUGUCCAGGAUCUCGGCGAGGAGGUCUUCCCUGAACCUGUCGUCAGUGCAGAGGCACCGAAGGACGAGCAGAAGACCGUUGAGAAGCAGGAUGCGCCGCCGAACAACCCUGCGGCCCCCGAGUCGACGGUUCCAAAGCCCGAUCAGGAGGAGGAUAAGGAGCGCGUGGUCACUACUGUCGAACGCAAGCCGAUGAAGAUUCCUGAUACAGUGCACGUUCACAUAACUCCUGACAAUCUGAAGGAGUACGUCGGCCCCCCGAUCUACUACAAGGACAGACUGUAUGCGAAGCCGCCGCCGCCGGGUGUCAGCACCGGGUUGGGAUACCUGGGCAAUGGUUCUGGCGCUGUUAUGCCGAUUGAAGCCACGACGAUGCCUGGCAAGGGUGCCCUUCAACUUACUGGUAAGCUUGGCGAGGUUAUCCGAGAGAGCGCUCAGAUCGCGAUAAGCUGGGUCAAAAGCCACGCGUACGAGUUGGGCGUCACAACCUCGGCCGAUCAGCAGUUCCUAGUGGAUCGAGAUAUGCAUCUGCACAUGCCCGAGGGCAGUAUCGGGAAGGAGGGCCCGAGUGCAGGCACUGCCAUUUUGACUGCUCUCGUGUCGCUGUUCACGAAGACUCAGGUCAAUCAGGAUAUUGCUAUGACGGGGGAGAUCACGCUUGUCGGGCAGGUGCUUCCGGUGGGCGGGCUGAAGGAGAAGAUUCUCGCGGCUCACCGUGCCGGUAUCAAGACGAUCAUCGCACCGGAGGCGAACCGCACUGAUAUCGAGGAGAACGUGCCCCAGAGCGUCAAGACGGGGAUCCGGUUCGUGUAUGUCGAGGACGUCCGGGAGGUCCUGCAAGAGGUGUUCCGCGGGACGCCCAUCGCGGAGCGGUGGAAGGACACGCUUUUGGUCUCUUGA